CGACCGAGAAGCGCCACGCCACCGACUCGUUGCUCUCCGCUCGCAGAUAUGACGCGCGCGGCCCACCACCCUCCGCCGCUGCCCAUGUCGCCCGAGGAGUACCAGAAGUGGCGGCUGCAGCUCUGGUCGCAGCGCGGCCCGAACGUCGCCACGCCCACCUACGAGGAGCUGCUGCCGUGCUACAAGGCCGCUCUCGAGCGCUGCAAGUCGCAGGUUUCGCGGCCUCCGCCUCCGCCUCCGCCGCAGCCCGCGCCGCCGCCGCCUGCGUCGGUGGUCGACGCCAUGGCGGCGGCGGUCCGCGCCGGCGCGGAGGAGCCCUUUUACGUGGUCGACCUCGAGGCGGCCAAGCGCAAGCUGUCCGAGUGGCGGGAGGCGCUCCCCGAGGUGGUGCCGCACUACGCGGUCAAGUGCAACGGCGACCCGGCGCUCCUGCUCACCCUCGCCUCCGAGGGCGCCUGCUUCGACUGCGCCUCGGCGGCCGAGAUCCGGCAGGUGCGCAGCCUCGGCGUGCCGGCCUCGCGGAUCGUCUACGCCAACCCGAUCAAGCAGCCGUGCAGCAGAUGCCGGAGAAGUAGACCCGGAAUGAGUAUUAUUAUUACGAGACUUAGACCCUGAACAGACCCGCCUCGCGCUUGUAUGCCAACCCAGCCACAAGCAGCCGCGCCGGAGACGCUGGAGCGCCCGAGCAGACGCGCAUUUCGGCUCUCUCUAGCUCUCGAAAGACAGACCGGGCACGCACCCCCCCCCCCCCAAAGAAGUCUCCGGCUCUCUGAAUCCCGGAACGCGCGGUGUACUC